GGGACUUUAUCGAUUGCAAACUCAGACGCGUGCAAAGAUCUGGGCCUCUUACCGCUGACCGUAUUUGAGCCUAAUCAAGAUGGCGGAUCUUUAUGAACUCUGAGGUGUUUAGCUAACUUUGGUUUUUGUAAUUAUAAACGAUGGAGAGUUUCUCGAAACGAGUGCAGGCAUCACUACAAAAACCAUUAAAUCAGAAGUGUGAGGAGAUAAGCAGACUUAUCGAUGAUUCUUCAAUAAAGGAGCUGCAUAACUUUUUUCCUGACCUCCUUGGGAGUGUGUUUGGUUAUGAUGGGAAGCCAGACUGGGGGUUGAGGACCAUUCUACCUAACCACCGGGAGUUUGAGGUCCUGCGGCUAUUCCUAAGUCCCCAUGGUCCCCUAUUUAGACUUCUGGACAAGUUACAAGUGGAUGGACAUCUCAAAUAUGAAUUCUAUGUGCGACUACUGCCUCUCCCCACCCAGAAUUCUCUAUCAGAAGGAGUUAUUCCUCAUCUGUACCAAGACAAAAUGGCAGUUCCUGGAUCUAGCCGAUUGCCCAACACCAACGGCACUAUUCUACUCAAUGCUUUUGAAUACUACAUGUUUCACUUUUCCUAUUAUAUGAUUUAUCAACAAAGUAUUAAGGCUUUUGAUAGCAACUGGCUGAAUGGUGCUGAAUGCCCUUAUAUGGUCAUACUAGAAGACUACCUUAACUACUUUCUGCCCGCCAAGGGGCCUCUAGUCACCAGCCUUUUCUCCUCUUCAUCAAGCACAAACCUACCAAGAACCAAUGCAUGGCAAACAAGCAACCCUUAUUUACAGCAGUCACCAAUGACAAACACACAGUUUGCUGGUCUGCUUAAGACAUCAUCAACUCAAAUUACCCCUCCUGGAAAGGCACACACGGGAUAUGGCCACACCUCCAGAGAAACAACACAGUCCGAGAAAUUUCUUCAGAUUCUGACAGAGUUUUGGUUGAAUCAAAAUACUUUGGAUGGUGUUACAAGUAAUGUGCUUUCACAUGGCCAGCAAUACUUUCUGCCAGGGAUUGAUCUAGUACGUGUAGUACGUAUGCUGAUCAAGCAAGUUCAUUGUUUUGUAUACUCCUCUGGCAUAUACCCAUUGACUCAGCUGAUUACUAGCCAAGAUGAUGAAUUCAAAAGGAGCCUCAUCCCACAGAUGUUGCAGAAAAAACUUUACUGCUUUCUCCGUCACUGCUUCGCACACUGGCCUCUAGAUCCAUCAUUUAGAGUGGUUAUUGAAGCAUGGCUGAGCUACAUUCAACCAUGGCGAUAUGCCAACCAAGUUGGGCCGACGAGAGGAGAUCAACAAGGAGGGGAACCCUUCUCUCCUGAAUGGACUGUGUUUGUCCAUGAGAAUCUUCUGUUUUACACAUCACUGCUCCGAGAGUUUGUCCUAAGAGCCCUCAAGUUGGACUUGUUUUCAGUGAAAGAUGCAUUCGUCUUGCUAAGAGGCACAAAGGUUCUGUCACAGAGUAGUCUCCUAGAUGUAAUAGAGUCAGAUGAGAAGCUUCUGUUAAUCCCAUCAGGGGGAGGGAGGGGCACUUUGCGUGGCUCAUCAUCCAGUAUAGGUGUCAGCCUGGUAUCAUCUCUAAGAGCUCACAUAGCUGAACUCGAAGGCCCUUCUUACUCUUACACACCAGUCCUGCAGCAACCAGGUUUGAUCAAGAUCGGGGAGCUCCGUCACUUGGUGCAAAGCGUUCUUACCGAAGUACUAAGGCAGCAGUCAGGGGGGUACGGCAAUGGCCAAACCCCUACUAACCAGGGUGGGGUAGGUGGCUGGAUGAAGCAUAUCUUCUCCGGGGAUUUCCUCAACGAUGGCGCGGUAGCGCGAUCAGAGCAAGACAAACUCGUGUCUCACCUCAGACAGGCUUCGGACAACCUUGCCGCCAUAAUAUCCAUGGGUGGUGACGUCACUGAUGCUGAAGACGUGACCAUCCCAUGGUCCCAUGCGACCCCGCCGAGUGGGAGGCCGCUCAGCCGUGUUCCCAUGACCCCCAACAUGCCCGAGUGUAAGGAGACGGACUGGGGACUGGUGCUGACUGAAAGAGGCAAAUACCAGGUGAUCAUGGGAAUGCGACGACCGGAAGUAUUUUAUGCGGGCGACCCUGAACUUCAGCCAAUACGUAGCUACGAGAACGCAGCCCUUGUACGUGCUCUGUAUGCACUCUCAGCUCGACUGAACACGAAGCUCGGUGACACGCUACAGAACGUGUACAACCACCCAGGACUCCUCGGCAACCUCGCCUGCACAGUCUCGCCGGCAGUCAAGACUUCGCCUACCCGUAGUGCACUGGGAGCGUCGCCUAUAACCAGUCCCCGUCGCGGGCACCGGCCGCGUCUGAGCCUGCGAUACUUGGCCUCCUACCGCACCAUGUUCUACUUGUUUCUGCUGUACAUUGUUUGUUGGUUGUUGAACAUUGGCUCUCUUGGCACGUUCUUAGUAUUUGUUUUUGUCCUUCUCGGAUCUGUGAUAGCGCAUGUUGGGCCCGCUUACGAGAGACGUCAAACUCAAAGGAAAUCUCUGUGAGGAAGUGGUGGAGAACAGGGUAGUUUUACUUGUUACUGUCUGCAACGACCCCUUUUUGAAGUCGUGUUUGAAAACUCAGUGACAAAAUGAUACAAAACAAGCUAGCUUUACUUGUUGUAGUUUACAGCAACCACUUUUGAAGUCAAGUUUGGAAAUACUGUGACGGAAACAGGUAGGGGACAGGUGGCUUUGCUCGUAAUCUGAGUGGAAAUUCUCUCGCGAAUAAUGUAGUACAGAGCAUGGUGCCUUUUUUCCCCUUUUGUUAUCGGGUAUCACCAGCUACUAUUGCGACCAAAGGAAAAUUCUGAGGAAUAAGUACGUAGCGUAGCGAAAAUACUUGUUGCUAUCGGCUAGACCGGCCUAUUAAAAUAAAAGGAAAUCUCUUCAUUGGAAAUAUACGGACAAUUGUCCCAUGUGUCAUCGAAUUUAAUAAUAGCAAUCUGUCAAGCAUUUAAAGUAUUUAACAGCAGUAGAAGAAGAGACUGGCUUAGGAAAAACAGAAAACCGUUCUGGGCAGUUAUUGUGGAUAAAUGCCGUUAAAUAUUCAACUAUUGCUGUGUCAUAGAAACGACUUUGAAAAUACAAGGUAUAUAUUUCU